CGCUCAUGUUCCUCGAUGUGCGAGCUCGGCGUGGGUUUUCUAACCUCCUUCCAGUUGAAAAAAGCCAAGCCUGAAGCCUCCCUUGAGCCGAAACCCCAAGGGCGAGCCUCGAGGAGCCCCCAGGCCCUCGGAGGGCGAAAAGGGCGGAAGGCCGGCGCCGCCUCCGUGGCUGCGCCCUCCAUGCCGCGGGCGCGAGCGCAUGCGCGGCGAAGAUGGCGACGUGAGGGAGGGAGCAACGCCUCUGCUGUUUCUCGGUCAAAAUCUCCUCCGAGCACAGACCAAGAUGGAGGACGGACUUUUGUCAUUAAAGUGGAACAACCACAAGUCCACCUUCUUCCACAUACUUAGUGAAGUGCGGGGAAAAGUAAGUAAUGCCAUUGGCUACGUUCUCCAUUUGCCCUUUUCCUUUAUU